AUGGAUGUGAAGGAUGCCAAUUCUGCACUGCUCAGUAACUACGAGGUGUUCCAGUUACUGACUGAUCUGAAAGAGCAACGGAAAGAAAGUGGAAAGAACAAACACAGUUCUGGGCAACAGAACUUGAAUACUAUCACAUAUGAAACAUUAAAAUAUAUAUCAAAAACACCAUGCAGGCACCAGAGUCCUGAGAUUGUUAGAGAAUUUCUCACAGCAAUGAAAAGCCACAAGUUGACCAAAGCCGAAAAGCUUCAGCUGCUGAAUCACAGGCCUAUGACUGCUGUUGAGAUCCAGCUGAUGGUAGAAGAGAGUGAAGAACGGCUCACAGAGGAGCAGAUCGAAGCCCUCCUCCACACCGUCACAAGCAUUCUGCCUGCAGGGCCAGAGGCUGAACAGAAGAAAAACACGGAUGAUGUGACGAUGGAUGAAGAGGACCCAGCCGGCCUAACCGCCUCAUGAAACUGAAAAGCCCAGCAGCCAUUUCCCAGCCAUCCAGAGGCUUGUUCAUUUGGUCUUACCCUCUACCCCAACAGGCCUGAUUU